UAUUCUAUUGUGGUGACAUUGUUACGUUCGGAUUUUUUAUAGGUAGUAAAUUGUUUGAUUCAUGUCAACUAAGGUGGGUGAACCCACCGUUAUGUGGGUAAAUAUGGCGGCAUUUAUGUAUGACAGCAACUUUUUGGAGUUUGUAAACCGUUUAUUCUUACACGUUAAUACUCGUUAACUCGAUUCGUCAUAUUAAUUAUUAUUAAUUAUAAAUAAAACACAGAAAACCCCUAUAUGUGUACCAUGUGUUAUUAAAGUGAUCAGACAAGCAGAAAACGUGUAUAUUGACCGAAGCGUCGAAGUCUUUAGAACACAACUUAUAUUACCGGAAAUAAUCAUGGGUAGCGGUUCGUCGGCUUUAAACCAGCCUCCGCCUGCGGGGCGCCCGAAACAAAGGGCGAAGCAAUCGCACCAUGUUAUGAUGACAGAGUUAUCGGACUUGGGGGACGAUGACUUCACCAUACAGGAGCCCACCCUGGUGCAGUACCACGGGCGAACCGGGCAGACCAACGGCUUUAUAAAGGAAGACCAGAAGGCGCGCGCAGCGGAGGAGAUGUCAUUCGAGCGGCAGAUGAAAAACAAGGAGCUACGACGCAUACAGGACGAGCGGCUCAAGGAGAAGCGGUCCCAGGAGAUGCACAACUUCCGGUUGGUCAAGGAGGAAGACCAGCGGUUCAAGCUGGAGCAGGCGCGUAUACAGGCUGAGGUCGUCAAGAAGCAUCAGGAGUUGGUCGCUAUGGAGGAGAAGGCAAACCGGAUGUUGCGCGAGGAGCAGCUCCAACAAGAGUUCAUCCAGCAACAGAACAUCGACAGCAACGGCAACUUCGUGUUUGAACCGGAGACGGAGGAACGAGUCAACGUGGCGCAUCAGCCCACUGUGCGUAACCCGGCGAAGUUCAAUCUGACGGGGGUGACCAAGUCAGGCUGGGCGUUCGAGGACCGAGCUGUACAGGAUCUCGAUAAGGAACCGGAACCCCGGCCGCCUACCUACCGGAAGCGCGAUAUCGUGCAGAACACGCACCAGUUCAACCUGUUUGAUAAGCACGCCGUCAAGGCGCCGUUCCGUGCACGUGAGUCGAUUGCGUCACUGGUGACGUAUCUGAAGUCGGGAGCGGAAAACCACCUGCAGCUCGUGCGAAUGUUCUACCGGUGGAUCACGUUUAACAUUGCGUUUGACGUGGAGGGCUACUACGGGGAGACGCAGCUUCAGUCGGUGGAGCCCGAAGGCGUGCUGCAGGCCGGUCUCACCAUCUCCGAGGGGUACGCCAACCUCAUGCAGGCCAUGUGCAAGUUCGAGGGUAUCCCGGUCAAGAUCAUUCAGGGGAUCGUCAAGGGCUACGAAUACCAGAUCGGCGACAUCAUCAACUUCACAGAGUCCCACCUGUGGCACUUCUGGAACGCCGUCUACAUCAACAAGAACUGGUUCUUCGUCGACUGCGCCUGGGGAGCCGGUCUCGUAGACCGGAAGCGGAACUGGAUCCGACAGUUUCAGGAAUUUUAUUUCAUCGUGGACCCUGACAAGAUGAUCGUCGACCACUUCCCGUUCAUGGACAACGACCUGCGAGAGAGCGCCAAGUGGCAACUACUGGCGUCUCCUGUCAGCGCUAACUCCUUUAAUCAGAGACUGAAGCUUGAGCGCGCGGCCCUGGAGUGGGACGUUAAGCCAGUGACGCACACGCAGCACCACAUCAUCACGGUGCGGCGCGAGAUCGAGAUACAGCUGCAGGAGGUGGCGGACAUACUCGAGGAGUACUCAGUACAAUUCCAGAGAAAGGACGGCAGCCGGAAUCUUGAUCAGUUUUUCUUUGCGUGCAAGCUGAACAACCGGACGCUCAAGAUCACCCUUCGCCCACCAGAACAAGUCGACUACAUUCUGAACAUCUACGGUCAGAAAAGCCUGGACGCCGCCGGAAAGUCCGAGGUAUUGGUUACAUACAUACUAAAGUGCGUCGACGUGCUCGAGGAACUUCGGCAGUUUCCGCCGAAUUUUCGAAUCUACGGCGCCGUGCCGAACUAUCAAAAGUUUGGUUUUAGUUCCGAGAUUACGAAGUGCUGUGAAUACACGUGCAAUUCCGGUGAAAUGAUAUUACCUAUAAAAACGAAACGUAGCGUUAAAGUUAUGACUAAACUUGAGCACAUUGACGAAAAAGCUGACCUCACUAACUUCUGCCUUGUCACUGCGAAGGAUCAUGGGAUUUCUGUCAAAAUGCGAUUUCCUUUCGAAGGGUAUUACAAAUUCACGCUUUUUGGAAAGGAAGACGACGCCGGUAAUUUCCGGCCGGUGGCUACGUUUUUAAUUGACUGUAACCAGGCUAGUCACGUGCAUUCCGGAUUUCCGGUUGCCUUCGACGCGGCGCUCGAGCUUAAGUGCACGCUUUUCAAGCCUCUGUGGAAGGACCUUCCGGCGAACUCCACCAUCACCGUUGUCAUGGGCUGCGAAAACAUCGUCAAGGCAAGUCUCAUGUACAAAGAUCUCGUGAUGGACGAGAAUCACGUGUUCGAGGGCACGGUCACCACGCCACCUGCCGGCCAACCGUUCACUAUAUACGGGCAGAAGACGGAGAAGAGUCCGCUGGUGGGACUAUUUCACUUCACCAUAUUUUGAAGCGAAGUAGAUCCUAAUAAGUUUAGGUUUUAUUGAUGGCCAUAGAUGCCAACAUUGAUAUUCGAAUAUUCUAUCAUUAAUCUUUUCGAAUAUAAUCCCGAACGUCAAACGAUGCAUAUGAUUUGAACAUUAAAGCUAUUGAAGCGAAUACCAAAAGUAGUAUUUGAAUAUUUUAUCAUAAAUGAUUGGAAAAAUGGAAAAAAUUCGAUCGUAUAAGGCAGCACUUGAGAAACGAGUAUAAGGCAGCACUUGAGAAACGAUUGAGUUACUAAGACUUUCUGAAUGGUCAGUAGCUACAUACAUACUUCUUGAAACAAAUGAUUAAAGGUAAUAACCAUGCUCAACUAUUUGUUUGUUGUCAGGAUUUGAACUUGUGUUACGUGGAUGCAAAGUCAUGCACU